AGCUGCCGUACCUCGUCUUUCACGGAGGAGAUCCCGAAAGCCGGAGUAACAGCUAAACCCCAUACAGCCAUGGCAGAAAACGCCGGCUUAGAAAACCACCGCAUCAAGAGCUUUAAAAAUAAGGGGCGUGAUGUCGAGACUAUGAGAAGGCAUCGAAAUGAAGUGACAGUUGAGUUGAGAAAGAACAAACGAGACGAACAUUUACUGAAGAAGAGAAAUGUCCCGCAGGAGGAGAGUCUGGAGGACUCUGAUGUCGACUCAGACUUCAAAGGACAAAAUGUUACGCUCGAUGCCAUUCUACAGAACGCUACCAGCGAUAAUGCGGUUAUACAGCUCAGUGCUGUACAGGCAGCCAGAAAACUGCUCUCAAGUGACAGAAAUCCUCCCAUUGAUGAUUUGAUAAAAUCUGGGAUCCUGCCUAUUUUAGUCAAAUGCCUGGAAAGGGAUGACAACCCGUCGCUUCAGUUUGAGGCAGCUUGGGCUCUGACCAACAUUGCCUCUGGGACAUCAGCACAGACCCAGGCUGUGGUUAAAUCCAAUGCAGUGCCCUUGUUCUUGCGACUGCUACACUCUCCUCACCAGAACGUAUGUGAACAGGCUGUGUGGGCUUUAGGAAACAUUAUAGGUGAUGGGCCACAGUGCAGGGAUUAUGUCAUCUCUCUGGGUGUGGUCAAGCCCCUGCUUUCUUUCAUCAAUCCAUCAAUCCCCAUCACCUUCCUCCGUAAUGUUACCUGGGUCAUUGUUAACCUCUGCCGCAACAAGGAUCCACCACCACCCAUGGAGACUGUGCAAGAGAUAUUGCCUGCCCUCUGUGUGCUAAUAUAUCACACCGACAUAAAUAUCCUAGUAGACACAGUGUGGGCUUUGUCCUAUCUGACGGACGGAGGCAACGAGCAGAUUCAGAUGGUCAUUGAUUCUGGAGUUGUUCCAUUUCUUGUGCCUCUCCUCAGCCAUCAGGAGGUAAAAGUUCAGACGGCAGCUCUGAGGGCAGUGGGAAACAUUGUGACAGGGACAGAUGAGCAGACACAGGUGGUUCUCAACUGUGAUGUUCUGUCACACUUCCCCAACCUGCUGACACAUCCUAAAGAAAAAAUUAAUAAGGAAGCAGUCUGGUUCCUGUCCAACAUUACAGCUGGGAACCAGCAGCAAGUCCAAGCUGUGAUUGAUGCUGGUCUGAUUCCUAUGAUCAUUCACCAACUGGCUAAGGGUGAUUUUGGCACUCAGAAGGAGGCAGCAUGGGCCAUCAGCAACCUCACCAUCAGUGGGAGGAAAGACCAGGUGGAGUUCUUAGUGGAGCAGAAUGUCAUCCCUCCGUUCUGUAACCUGCUGUCCGUGAAGGACUCCCAGGUGGUGCAAGUCGUCCUGGAUGGCCUGAAAAAUAUUCUCAUCAUGGCAGGAGAUGAAGCCAGUACUAUUGCCGAGAUCAUAGAGGAGUGUGGAGGUUUGGAGAAGAUAGAAAAUUUGCAGCAGCAUGAGAAUGAGGAUAUCUACAAACUAGCCUUUGAGAUUAUUGAUCAGUACUUUUCAGGAGACGAUAUCGAUGAAGAUCCUAGCUUGAUUCCUGAAACUACUCAAGGAGGAACCUUCAAUUUUGAUCCAGCUUCCAACAUGCAAACAAAGGAGUUUAAUUUCUAAAAACCAGGAUGUUUGGUUCAACCAGUUGCACGGGUACUCUGUAAUCACCCCAGACAUUCAUCCAUCUCUCCUCCAAUCUGGCAACCUGGUACAGAAGGAUAUACUUAGCAUCACGUCAACAUGGAAACUCACCACUGAAGGGUUUACCCACCCCCACCUCUGCACUAUGGGGUGUUUUUGAUUUUUUUUUUUUUCUUUUUUCUUUUAAAUGGUCAUCGUUCACAGAACACUGCAACCCUUCAUAGGAGUCCUUGUUAUCCAACAGGCACAUUCACCAUCUGGCAACCUGCAUCAGGAAGAUUGUCAGUAUUUUCUGCCAGAGCUUCUAAAAUGUCACACAGAAAGGAAACCAGAAGGAAGGAAAAGCCUUCACGGAAAGAUUCAAUUGCCAAAUGUCAAGUUCUCACAAAGACGGAAAAACAUAAGCACAUUUUCAGACACAUGAACACGCAUGCAUAUACACGCACUUUUUUUUGACACUUAGAAGAAUUUGUGUGCAUACUUCAGUUAGAAGCCAUCAUAUCACUCAUGGGGAAGAAAUACUGCUGUUUGUUUGUGCUUUAUUUUGUGCUUUCCCCUUCCCUGGAUUGUCCUCUAGUGUUACUUCACAAAUGCACACUGACAUACUACAAGUACAUACAUUAAUACAUUUCGUGACACUGAUUCCUGAUAGUCAGGGCACACCAAUACCCUCUCUCUCACCCAGUUUAAAGAGUUAAUCCCAGAGCUAAGCCAUGAUUAACCACGGACCCCCACUGCCCUCCCAGGAGAGUCCUUGGGCAGGUGGAGGGGCGAAAGGGCUCUAAGGCAACAAGAGGACUCCGUGGCAAACUGACUGACGGGACUUCUGACUCAAUGGCGUCACUUUUUUAAUGUGACCUCUGUUGAAUUAUCAAACUUACUGUUUGUUUAAAAAAAAAAUCAUCAAAAAUGUGAAGAAAAUGCCAUAAUUCUUUUUUUCUUUUUUUUUUCCCCAAUACAACUGUUAAGACCUGCUAAUCGCCUGCUACUGAUUAAGCAAAGCGGCAAAAUUUUUAUUUUAACGGAUGUGAAUACCUGUCACGGGAGGAAGCACCUUUGGGCGAAGGCACAGAGACUUAAGAGGAGCACAUCAGCUGUAGCGUUUAUCUCCCCCCGCCACCCACAGGACAUCCUCCUUCUGAGCUCAGUCACGUCCUGGGAUUCAGUAAACUGUUUGCUCGGGACUCCCCUGUAAUGUGAAACUCUGAAUGGAGGGAGGGGGUUUAACAAAAAGAAAGAACACAACUUAAAGCUAAAAUCAUCCUAAUUGCGAUAUGACCUUUCUUUUUUUUCUUUUUUUUUUUUUAAAUUUCGCUACAGACAAAUUGGUUUCAUGUUUCCGCUUCUGCUGGUUGGGUCUGUGGAGCUUCCUUUGUAUUACUAUUUUAUUUUUUAGGUUUUCUUCAGUCUUAUGCACACGUCUGAGAGGCAUAACGAUGUCUGACUGCAGAAACGACAAAAAGGACCUACACUCACUGAAGACUAGACUUGUACAACGAGUGCAGGUCCUGAUCUUUACAUUACUUAACUACUUUCGAUAAAGAGGUCACAUGUCAUCACUCAAUUUGAAUAACUGUACAAAAACGUGAUGUGUAUCUCUCCUUGCCGUCUAAUGAAUAUAUAUUUACAUAAAGCCUGUACAAAGCUGCUGCAGCUGACAGUCAUUGGAUGGACGAUAACUGUCAAAGAUGGCUGGGGAUGAUCUCUAUUUUUUUUUUCCUCCUUUUUGAAGCAAUAUUUCUUUGUUUUAUUGUUUUUACUUUCGACUUGCAUAUGUAUUGUGAUGACAUGCUGAUAGAUUGGAACAGGCUGGUUUUGUUUUUUUGUUUUUUUUCCUUCUCUCUCUCUGUAGUGGUGACGGGCUGUUUAAAAUGUACCGUCCCGUGUCCCGGUUGAUGUGUAGGCUUGGGGUAAAUGUGUCAAACUUUAAUCCCAAUCAUAGCCCUGGUCUGGAAUACUUAAUGAUCCCACCCCCCCGGUUGGCUGCUAACUACUUAGAGGGGUUCAGAGCUGGGGUUUGG